UCAAGCUCAGGCGGGAGCUGGCGGGCACAGCGAACUCAGAGCACCCCACACGCUGAGUGGACGCGCCUGCACCACAUUCACCCCACAGCCGCUGAAUGAAGCAUACAGGAUUCCUCUCGCUGCCCACAGCGCCCCGCUGGAGGUGCGCUCGCUGAGGCACCGGCCACCAGUUCGCUCACCUGCCCGCAAGUGUGCCAUGGGGCAAACGGGGAACAGCAGCGACUUCUUACUGGCGCCAAACGGAAGCCAUACGCCGGACCACAACGUCUCUCAGGAGCAGGACAACGCAUGGUUGGUGGGUAUGGCCAUCGUCAUGUCGCUCAUCGUCUUGGCCAUCGUGUUUGGCAAUGUUCUGGUCAUCACAGCCAUCGCCAAGUUUGAGCGCCUGCAGACGGUCACCAACUACUUCAUCACCUCCCUGGCCUGUGCUGACCUCCUUAUGGGCCUCGCUGUGGUGCCCUUUGGGGCGAGCCACAUCCUUAUGAAAAUGUGGAAUUUUGGUAACUUCUGGUGUGAGUUUUGGACUGCUAUCGAUGUGCUGUGUGUCACAGCCAGCAUUGAAACACUGUGCGUGAUUGCAGUGGAUCGCUACUUCGCCAUUACUUCUCCUUUCAAGUACCAGAGCCUUCUGACCAAGAAUAAAGCCCGCGUGGUCGUUUUGAUGGUGUGGAUUGUGUCCGGCUUGACCUCCUUUCUGCCCAUCCAGAUGCACUGGUACCGGGCCACCCACCAGGAAGCCAUCAACUGCUAUGCCAAAGAGACCUGCUGUGAUUUCUUCACAAACCAAGCCUAUGCCAUUGCCUCCUCCAUUGUAUCCUUCUACUUGCCCUUGGUCAUUAUGGUCUUCGUCUACUCCAGGGUCUUCCAGGUGGCCAAAAGGCAGCUUCGGAAGAUUGACAAAUCAGAAGGCCGAUUCCAUGCCCAAAACCUCAGCCAGGUAGAGCAGGAUGGGCGGAGUGGGCCUGGACUUGGACUUCGCAGAUCCUCCAAGUUCUGUUUGAAGGAGCACAAAGCUCUCAAGACGUUGGGUAUCAUCAUGGGCACUUUCACUCUCUGCUGGUUGCCGUUCUUCAUUGUCAACAUUGUGCAUGUGAUCCAGGACAACCUCAUCCCUAAGGAAGUUUACAUCCUCCUGAACUGGUUGGGCUAUGUCAAUUCUGCUUUCAAUCCUCUUAUCUACUGUCGGAGCCCAGACUUCAGGAUCGCCUUCCAGGAGCUUCUGUGCUUUCACAGGUCUUCUUUGAAGGCCUAUGGGAAUGGUUACUCCAGCAAUAGCACUGCCAACUACACCGACUACCCUGGGGAGCAGAGCGGGUAUCACUUGGAGCAAGUAAAGGAAAGCAAGCUGCUGUGUGAGGACCCCGAGGACCCCAGAGGCAUGGAAGACUUGGGGACUUGUCAAGGCCUGAAAACUUGCACCUGUACCUGCAAGAAAAGUCACCGACUGAGCUGGAUCUGCUAUCCUCAAUACAGAACAAAAGGGAUUUAUAAACUGAAAUCAGGUAGACUGUUGAGGUGGAGUGGCCAGGAUGCAAAAAGUGAAGUGCCAGAUUUUAAGAAACAAAUAGGAAAAGAGAUGAAGACUGUGAUAUCUCUUCAGACUGGGCUGGAAGCCAGUGGUUGGCAUUGAGUGGGCAGAUCAGCUGCUACAAGGAACAGAGGUGCCGGGAAAUGCUGGCGUCAGGGCAGUUGCAUAGGUUUGUUGGCUCCACUGGUCAUUUAAUCCUGAAGCCAAAAUAUGCCAAGAUUAAAAAUAGGUUGUGAGAGCAGAAGGUGAAAGGAAGGUGUUCCCCAGCACUCCAAGGAAAACAGAGCCAAAGGAAAACUCAUCCUCCUAUUUUCAUUAUUACAACACCACACAUUAUACAGUUU